GUUCCCUGCCGUUGUUUGAUUUCAUUUCAUUUUAUUGGAGGGCGUAUCUUUCCAGUUGCAGAGCAGUGAUAAGUGCCUGGGUCUCUCAGGAGUGAGGUACUUGGAGUUCAGGGACCCCAUCCGUGGCAAUGACAGCAGACGAGCUGGUUUUCUUUGUGAAUGGCAAAAAGGUGGUGGAGAAAAAUGCAGAUCCAGAAACAACCCUUUUGGCUUACCUGAGAAGAAAGUUGGGGCUGAGCGGGACCAAGCUUGGCUGUGGAGAAGGUGGCUGUGGGGCUUGCACAGUGAUGCUUUCCAAGUAUGAUCAUCUCCAGAAGAAGAUUGUCCACUUUUCUGCCAAUGCCUGCCUGGCCCCCAUCUGCUCCUUGCACCACAUUGCUGUGACAACCGUGGAAGGAAUAGGAAGCACCAAGACGAGGCUGCAUCCUGUGCAGGAGAGAAUUGCCAAAAGCCAUGGCUCCCAGUGCGGAUUCUGUACCCCUGGCAUCGUCAUGAGCAUGUACACCCUGCUUCGGAACCAGCCCGAGCCUACCAUUGAGGAGAUUGAGGAUGCCUUCCAAGGAAACCUGUGCCGCUGCACAGGCUACAGACCCAUCCUCCAGGGCUUCCGGACCUUCGCCAGGGAUGGUGGAUGCUGUGGAGGAAAUGGGGACAACCCCAACUGCUGCAUGAACCAGAAGAAAGACCGUAUGGUUACUCUCUCACCAUCUUUAUUCAAACCAGAGGAGUUUGCGCCCCUGGAUCCCACCCAGGAGCCCAUCUUCCCCCCCGAGUUGCUUAGGUUGAAAGACAUUCCUCGGAAGCAGCUUCGUUUUGAAGGGGAGCGUGUGACGUGGAUCCAGGCCUCAACCCUGCAGGAGCUGCUGGACCUCAAAGCUCAGCACCCCGAUGCCAAGCUAGUGGUGGGGAACACGGAGAUCGGCAUUGAGAUGAAGUUCAAGAACAAGCUGUUUCCCGUGAUUGUCUGCCCAGCCUGGAUCCCGGAGCUGAAUUCAGUAGAGCAUGGACCCGAGGGUAUCACCUUUGGGGCCGCUUGCACCUUGAGCUGUAUGGAAAAGACCCUAGUUCAUGCAGUUGCUAAGCUUCCUGCCCAAAACACAGAGGUGUUCAGAGGAGUCCUGGAGCAGCUGCGCUGGUUUGCUGGGAAGCAAGUCAAGUCUGUGGCGUCCAUUGGAGGGAACAUCAUCACUGCCAGCCCCAUCUCCGACCUCAACCCUGUGUUCAUGGCCAGCGGGGCCAAGCUGACCCUUGUGUCCAGAGGCACCAGGAGAACUAUUCAGAUGGAUCACACCUUCUUCCCUGGCUACAGAAAGACCCUGCUAAGGCCGGAGGAGAUACUGCUCACCAUAGAAAUCCCCUACAGCAGGAUGGGUGAGUUUUUCUCAGCCUUCAAGCAGGCCUCCCGGAGAGAAGAUGACAUUGCCAAGGUGACCACAGGCAUGAGAGUCCUAUUCAUGCCAGGAACCACAGAGGUAAAGGAGCUGGCCCUUUGCUAUGGCGGAAUGGCCGACAGAACCAUCUCAGCCCUCAAGACCACUCAGAAGCAGCUGGCCAAGCUCUGGAAGGAGGAGCUGCUGCAGGACGUGUGUGCGGGGCUGGCAGAGGAGCUGCACCUGUCCCCCGAUGCCCCCGGCGGCAUGGUGGAGUACCGGCGCACCCUCGCCCUCAGCUUCUUCUUCAAGUUCUACCUGACAGUGCUCCAGAAGCUGGGCAAAGACAACCCAGAGGAUAAGUGCGGAAAACUGGACCCCACCUUUGCCAGUGCCACUUUACUCUUUCAGAAAGACCCUCCGGCCAAUGUCCAGCUCUUCCAAGAGGUGCCCGAGGGUCAGUCCGAGGAGGACAUGGUGGGCCGGCCCCUGCCCCACCUGGCUGCGGACCUGCAGGCCUGCGGGGAGGCCGUGUACUGUGACGACAUCCCUCGCUACCAGAAUGAGCUGUCUCUCCGGCUGGUCACCAGCACCCGGGCCCACGCCAUGAUCAAGUCCAUAGAUACUUCGAAAGCAAAGGAGGUACCAGGGUUUGUUUGCUUCCUCUCAGCUGGUGAUAUUCCUGGGAGUAACAUAACUGGCAUUUGUGACGAUGAAACAGUCUUUGCAAAGGAUGAGGUUACAUGUGUUGGGCACAUCAUUGGUGCUGUGGUUGCCGACACCCCAGAACAUGCACAGAGAGCUGCUCAAGGGGUGACAAUCACCUAUGAGGAUCUUCCAGCCAUUAUCACAAUCGAGGAUGCUAUAAAGAACAACUCCUUUUAUGGAUCUGAGCUGAAGAUUGAGAAAGGAGACCUCAAUAAGGGGUUUUCUGAAGCAGAUAAUGUUGUUUCAGGAGAGUUGCACAUCGGUGGCCAAGAGCACUUCUAUCUGGAGACUCACUGCACCAUCGCUGUCCCAAAAGGCGAGGCAGGGGAGAUGGAGCUCUUUGUGUCUACGCAGAACACCUCGAAGACCCAGAGUUUUGUUGCAAAAAUGUUGGGGGUUCCAGCAAACCGGAUUUUGGUCCGAGUGAAGAGAAUGGGAGGAGGCUUUGGAGGGAAGGAGACCCGGAGCACGUUGGUGUCCACGGCGGUGGCCCUGGCUGCACACAAGACUGGCCGCCCUGUACGCUGCAUGCUGGACCGUGAUGAGGACAUGCUGAUAACUGGUGGCAGACAUCCCUUUCUGGCCAGAUACAAGGUUGGCUUCAUGAAGACUGGGAACAUUGUAGCUCUGGAGGUCAAUCACUUCAGCAAUGCAGGGAACACCCAGGAUCUGUCUCAGAGUAUAAUGGAACGAGCUCUAUUCCACAUGGACAACUGCUAUAAAAUCCCCAACAUCCGGGGCACUGGGCGACUGUGCAAGACCAACCUGCCCUCCAACACAGCCUUCCGGGGCUUUGGGGGGCCCCAGGGGAUGCUCAUUGCUGAGUAUUGGAUGAGCGAGGUCGCAGUGACCUGUGGGCUGCCCGCAGAGGAAGUGCGGAGGAGAAACAUGUACAAAGAAGGAGACCUGACACAUUUCAACCAGAAGCUUGAGGGGUUCAACUUGCUCAAGUGCUGGGAUGAAUGCCUAGAGACCUCUCAGUAUCAUGCUCGGAAGAGUGAGGUUGACAAGUUCAACAGGGAGAAUUGUUGGAAGAAGAGAGGACUGUGCAUAAUUCCUACCAAGUUUGGAAUAUGCUUUACACUUCCUUUUCUGAAUCAGGCAGGAGCCCUGGUUCAUGUCUACACAGAUGGCUCUGUGCUGCUGACCCACGGGGGCACCGAGAUGGGCCAAGGCCUGCACACCAAGAUGGUCCAGGUGGCCAGCAGAGCUCUGAAAAUCCCCACCUCUAAGAUUUACAUCAGUGAGACGAGCACUAACACCGUGCCCAACACCUCUCCCACAGCUGCCUCUGUCAGCGCCGACAUCAAUGGCCAGGCCAUCUAUGCAGCUUGUCAGACCAUCCUGAAAAGGCUGGAGCCCUUCAAGAGUAGGAUUCCUGAUGGCUCCUGGGAAGACUGGGUCACAGCUGCUUACACGAGUGCAGUGAGCUUGUCUGCUACUGGGUUUUAUAAGACACCCAACAUUGGCUACAGCUUUGAAACAAACUCAGGGAAUCCCUUUCUCUACUUCUCCUAUGGGGUGUCUUGCUCUGAAGUAGAAAUUGACUGCCUAACAGGGGAUCAUAAGAACCUCCGCACUGACAUCGUCAUGGAUGUUGGCUCCAGUCUGAACCCUGCAAUCGAUAUUGGACAGGUGGAAGGGGCAUUUGUCCAGGGCCUUGGCCUCUUUUCCCUGGAGGAGCUGCAUUACUCCCCUGAGGGGAGCCUGCACACCCGUGGGCCCAGCACCUACAAGAUCCCCGCAUUUGGCAGCAUCCCCACUGAGUUCACGGUGUCCCUGCUCCGCAACUGCCCCAACAAGAAGGCCAUCUAUGCGUCCAAGGCCGUUGGGGAGCCGCCCCUCUUCCUGGCUGCCUCCAUCUUCUUCGCCAUCAAGGACGCCAUCCGUGCUGCUCGAGCUCAGCACACAGAUAAUAACAUAAAGGAACUCUUCCGGCUAGACAGCCCUGCCACCCCAGAGAAGGUCCGCAACGCCUGUGUGGACAGGUUCACCACCCUGUGUGUCACUGGUACACCGGAAAACUGUAAACCCUGGUCUCUGAGGGUCUGAAGAGAAAGUCCCCAGCAAGUCUUCUUGUGCUACCUUGGGGCUUCUACGGAGCGGGAAGCGUGUACUGCAGAACACGGAUCUAUAAAAGUCUCAGGAUGACAAAGCUGCAAUUCAUCAGGAUGGCCGUGGGAAGAAAAUUGAGUGCAUUGGAAGAUUUUGAUCAAAAAUAUGCUUUGCAAACAUAAUGAUAAGCAAAUUCAGAACUGUUAGACCUAAGUGGUGAAUAUACAAUUAGGAUCAUUUCAUGUCUGUUUUAAUCAUGCAUUUGGAAUAGGGUUAGGGAGUGUUUGUGCUAUGUCCCAGUCACUGGACAGCCUGCAUAACCUCAAGUUCUGACAAUGCACAUUCUUCAAAGAGGAUUCCCACAAACUUCCAGAAGCUUAAACUAAAGUUAUUCUAAAUCCAUGUGCCUUUCUCAGAAAGCCUUUCCUUUAACCAAUAAACAUAUUAUAACCUCAUAUCCAUACUCAAAUUUUGCAAUGAGGCAGUGGGGUGAAAUGAAAAUCUCCAGCCACAUUUGGGUCAUUGGAGAGAAUAAAGAAUGAAACAAAUUCAAGGUUAAUAGGAUCUAAUUUUGUUAAGCUACGUAAAGUAAGAUUACCCUAUAGCACAAAAAUCCAACCAACUCAAUUAUUGAACACCUACAAUGUGCUAGAUUUCUUUCCCUUCCCUUUUGUGUAUUUCAGAAAAAGAUCAGGUUUAAUAAUGAGUAUUUCUCAUUUGAAUCCAGAGUAACUUACACGUAGAAAUGAAGCUAGAGAGAUCAGUCAGAGGAAAAAGAGUCCAGGAGCCUGGGUUCUCAUCUGAGCUCUAUAAUUUUCUGUGUGACCUUGAACUGUCAUUUCCCAUUCCUAUGUCUCUUUUCACUGCAAAGCGAAAGGGCUGGACUGGAAUAAUCUCUAAUGUCUUUUCUCACUCUAAAUGUCUAUAAAUAUAUGACCUGAAAACUCCACUAAUGUAAGGUGUCUGCAGCUAUCAAAGGCUCGGCUCCCUAACUGUUAUGUGAUAUCAGGGCCUAAUGAACUCUGCUUUGAUUCCCUCAAGUUCCUGUGGUUGAUAAAGAGAACAGAGGAAAAACAAACAUCCCCUUCUAUUGCUCCAACAGGUGAUUUCAUCACAACAUGGUGCUGUGUGGAGAUGCAACAUUGUUGUGUGCCUUCACUGUGUAGAACACCCAAUCUUCUGCCAGGCAGAGUCCAUGGUUCUGGCCAUGGAAGGAGGAAAGUGGAAAUGAUGUAGCUGACCUACUGCUUGACGUCACUAAUGAAUGAAACUGUCAGCUGGUUGGCAUGUGAGAAAUGCUGUUAAUCAUCAUAAUCACACCAAAUGCUAGUAUCUUCUGUAUCUUAGCCAGCCUUCAUCUAUGGAAAGCACACAUACACUCACUCGUGCAUGCAUGCACACGCAUACACACACACACACUUUCUCACAAAAUUCCCUUCCUCAUAAUAUUCUAGAUAUGCUGGCUGUUUUAUGUAGUGGGUUAGAAAUCUUGAUUCUCUUUUGAUUUUUAUAAAAGGCUCUUUAGCUAAAAAACUUAUGGGACAAAAGUCCUUAGCUAGGAGGCAACGACCUACAGCUAGCGGGCAAAAGCCCCCAUCUAAUCAAUUCUAAUCAAGUAAAUGUUGAUUCUCAGUUGAUUCUUAGCAUAGGGUUUUUAGCUAACAAACUUAUGGGAUAAAAGUCCUUAGCUAGGAGGCAAUGGCCUACAGCUAGUAGACAAAAGCCCAUUGAAUCAACUCUAAUCACUAUUUAGGUAUGGGAUUGUAUACUUUGAUGGUUUAGAGUUAACAGGUGGUUGACAUAUCAAUCUUGUUAAGAGAUUUUUAAAGAAUUGCUAUAGGAAACUGUGAGAAAUGUUUGCUGAAGGGAAAACUUUUUGUUAAUGGAAACUUAAGAUAUAAUCACAGAUAGGUAGAAUUAUAGGAAUGUAAUGAUUGUUUUAGCUGUUAUAAAAAAUAGUUAUAUCUUAAAUUAAAGACAGUAAUCACAGUGCAAUUAGCUUAACAUUUCACUAAUUAUACUUUGAAAUGUCAUGCUGUUAGUUUUAAUGGUAUUACCAUGUUCCAUUCUUUACCUAUACUUAGCUAUGGAUAACUUUUGUCAUGUUGCCCAUGUCUUUGUGUCCUUUUGAAAUGAAUGAAUCAACUGAUUUUUCUUGUAAAACUUCCUUAUCUUUACAAUAAAAACAGAGGCUAACUUUGAA